AGGAAGUGCUGAUGUGGAGGAAAGAGCGUGGCCUGUGUCAGAACCUCUGGAUUCUAGUCCCGGCUCUGCUGCUACCAGUGUGACCUUGCCCCAGACCAGAGCUGACUCUAGAACAAGCUGGAAGAAAAGGAGCCAGGCCAUAGCUGGUGCCAUUCCUCCUGCUGGCAGAGUUGAGAUGGUUGGAGGAUCAACAAAAUUAGGAAUACAGAACUUGGAUCUGCUCCUGCUUGGAGAGAAACUCUCAUGGGCUUUCCGUUGGCAUCCAAAGGCUGUAUGGAACUCCGGAAGAGAGAGAGAGGCUCAGCUCUGAAAGGGACUGCCACCAGCCCUGGGCCCGCCCCUAAAUAGAAGCAACAUAUCCCAGGAAGGCUCUGAAGGAGUUCAACAGUGAGAAGAGGCCCUCAGAGAUCAGACAACCCCAUAGUGGGUGCAAGCAUCCUCAGCCCAGUGAGCAGGAACACGAGCCACAACACGAGGACUCAGCAAGGAGCAACCCCAGCCUUCCAUUCCGACUGACUCCCCUAAGAAAGAUGACACCAGGAUUCUGCCCUGUGCUGCUGCUACUGCUCCUGGGGUUGUGGGUGGCCGAGGUCCCAGUCAGCGCCAAACCAAAGAACAAGACUCCAGCUCAGUGGUUUGAAAUUCAGCACGUGCAGCCCAGCCCUCAAGGAUGCAACAAGGCGAUGGGCAGCAUCAACAAGCACAGUAGACACUGCAAAAACCUCAACACCUUCCUGCAUGACUCCUUCUCCAAUGUGGCAUCCACCUGCCAGACCAAAAGUAUGACCUGCAAGAACAGGCAUAAAAACUGCCACAAGAGCCAAAGGCCUGUGUCCCUGACCCUGUGUGAGCUCACCUCAGGGAGGUACCCAAACUGCAAGUACAAAGAGAAGCACCGGAACGCACACUACAUCGUGGCCUGUAACCCUCCCCAGAAAGGGGACUCUGGGCAUUUGCAACUGGUUCCUGUGCACUUGGACAGAGUCCUUUAGGUUUCCAGCCCUUCUUGCUCCCUGGCUAUGCUUUAAUUCCCUCUCCAGGUCUCUACACCAUUCUUCCCAACCCCAGAAUGCUCUCUUCCUUUCAUCACUUGGGCUCUUCCUGGCUCAGGCUCUUCUGGGGGAGGCUGAGAGGGAGCUGAGGCUGACACCUUGGAGGGCUAAGCUUCAGAGGAUAUGGUCUUUCAUCUUUUGGUUACUGUUUUCCCAGAAGCUUAUGUCCAAGGGAGAGGCUGAGUGAGCUCAGGGGUGUGGGCCCCUGCUUUGUGCCUUUAUACAUCUCCCCUCUACUCCCAGCCCCAUCCUAUCAUGGCAGUAUGACAAGGGGAGGAAAUCACUGGAAAGGGGGUAUAUGGGAUUUAUAGACAGAGCUGUUCCUGUUCCUAAGCUAGAAUUCUUCCUCAGCUCUAAUAGGGAAAGGGGGGCCUGGGUAGAGAAAAGUGGCCAGGAGGAAAGAAAAAGAUAAAUACCACUUCAUGUUUAUAUAGUCCUUCAUGUCUUUCAGUGUGUAUCUAUAUGAAUCCUCUAAUCUCUCGUAAAGUAGACUUGACAGACUUGCCUUCUUUAGGAAUGAGGGAAUUGAGAUUCAGAAAACCUAAUUAAAGAGCUGUCUAAUUGAUUAGUAGCAGAAACUGGACUUGAACCUGGGUCUUCUUACUCAAAAUAAAAUGUACUUUCUACUGUUUGGGAAAAAGAGGAGAGACCUCUCCAGGAACAAGAGGAGAACUAGGUAAGAGUUCACCCGUGAAGAAAUGUUCCCUGAGAACUCUGGAGAGCCAGUUACCCUGUGUUGGCUGCAGUAAAGGUCAUUACCUCUCUAGCCAAGCAACUGUGUUUAUGAGGUGCCCCUGGUAUCUUAAUUCAUUCUCUCUCUCUCUCUCUUCUCCCCCAAAUGCCCCUCUUCCUUCCCUAGCCCACUACUCUUCCAACCUGGGUCCUGGGCCUGGCUAUGGCUAGAUCUCCUUGGCCAAAGACACAGGGUAACGGAAGUGUCCCAGCUUCAUCCCCCUUCUCUGAGAUCACAUUUCCCUUGACCUCAAGGGACUUCCGUGGCCCAGAGCCUGCUUGUCACAAACAGGCUGGUGGGAGCUGCCAGAGUUUCCUUCCUCCAGAUAAUGAUCUCCCCUGCCUCGGUGUUUCCCUGGCUCUCUGCUCUGGCAGUCUGCCCAGGCCUGAGGGGUUGGGUUGUGGAAAUGCCAUCUCCCUGUCCCCUUGGGCUGCAGUCGCCAUUUCUCCCUCUCUAGCAAGUGGAGCUAGAGAGGCUAUGGCCUUAUGCUGGCUUGGUCCUGAUAUUCCCUCCCUCCUGGCUUCCUUUAUCUCAGUGGCUCAGCCUGCACUGCACCCCAUGCCUACUCUACUUCAGAACCCAACUACAGUGUUAAAUUUUCCAGCCCCUGCAGAUGAUUCUACUCUCCCUCC